UCUUUCCCGCUGAGGCAUGCCCGAAAGGGGCGGGCUCUGUGUCCGAAAGGGGCGGGCCCUGUUCCGGAAGGGGCGGGUCCUGUGUCUGCACGGACGCUGCCUCCACCAUGGCGUCCCGGGUGGUCUUUGGCAUCGGCCUGCUCUCUGCAAUCCCCCUCUUGUGUCUGGAACUCCAGCGUGGGAUCCCAGAGAUAGGAAUUAAAGAUUUCAUUUUGCUGUGUGGCCGGAUAUUCUUACUGCUUGCUCUUCUUACUUUAAUUAUUUCUGCGACUACCUCAUUGCUUAACUCACUCAGAUCUUCCCAAGUUUAUCUGAAAGAAGAUGAAGAAAAAGAGAAAAAUGAAAGAAGACAACUCGUGAGAAAAAAACAACAAGAAGUACAGAAUGAAAAGGCCAGUAGAUACACAGAGGACAUUUUAAAACCUCGUCAGGAAAUGAAGUUAAAAAAGCUGGAAGAGCGCUUUUAUCAAAUGAUGGGUGAAAGCUGGAAAUUAACCAGUGGUCACAGACUUGGGGGUGAUGAAGAUUCAGUGCUUAAAAAUGUGAACCAGACACCUUCGGAAACAAAGAGAGACGCCAAUGAGAGAUGCCGCUUGCCUCGUCCUGUGCCCAGAGUUCUGCCACCCACUGGGCAGCCCCUGCAGGAGGAGGUUUCUGACUUACCCGAAGAACCUUCUGAAACAGCUGAAGAAGUAGUUACUGUUACUCUGCGGUGUCCAAAUGGGAGACUCCUGAGGAGAAGGUUUUUUAAGUCUUGUAGUUCACAGGUUUUAUUUGCCUGGAUGAUGAAAAUUGGUUACCACACAUCCCUACACAGCCUUUUCACUUCUUUUCCCAGAAGACUUCUAGAAGUGGAGGGUAGCUGCUCACUGGCCGACAUAGGAAUUACUGCGGAUACUCUGCUCACUGUGGAAGAGAAAGAAGAGAGCAGCUAGUAAAGAAUGAGGAACUACCUGUUCUGCAUAGAAUCGCUUACACUGUGACCUAACAGUACAGUAACAGAUUCAUGUUAAAAUCAUGCUUGGCAGUAAACAGUAAAAGGAUUCUUCUCUGCAUGUAAAUUUUGGGAUGUGCCGUCUUAUACCAAAUAAGAACAGGAAACAGUGUAUACAAGGAGGCACUCAAUUUAUAUUUCUUUCCAUCUGCCAUCAUUUCUCAGUAUGUUACAAAACAAAGUCAUAGGACUUUGGUUUCUGUCUCUCUGAUCCUUCUUGACCACACAGUAGUUUACAAUUCAUUCAUGCGUUUCAAAAUAAGAAAAAUAGAAAUCUUCAUUCUACAGUAUUUUUAGAAAUUAAAACCUGAAGUUCUUUAAUGCUUUACUGUUCUUUUGAAAGGCACAUACUACUAUUUACUUAACCAAGGUCUGCAAUGUAUGAUUUUAUGUUGUAUUAAUUGCCAUAUUUACAAAGUUCCAAGUGGAAAACUGAAAGCAUUAAAGCAUUGGUGAAUAUUUUAGAA